AUGGACGACGCUGAUCAACUAAUCAAACAAUAGCUUCUAGACACAAACUACAAUUGUUUUUCAUUUGAGAGUAAAGGCUCAAGAAAUAAUACCUCUGACUUGACUGCUGCUUAAACUCAUGAUUUGUUGAGAUAAUAUAGAUUGCUAAGUAUUGAUCGGCAAUCAUAAGUCUACACUAACAGUAAUAAAUCCAAUUUCAAAAAUUUCCUUGACGAAAAAAGAGCAUCUCUUAUUAGUAACAGUAAUUCAAUCUUUAGUCAGAAGUAAUCGCUUUUGAAACAGCAUAAAGCUAGAUAUCAAGUGAUAGAAAAGUUGCAGUUGAAUGAGCCAGAAUAUUUGAAACCCUGGGUGGCAUAGUAAUAAAAUGGAGCUUAGUUCUAGAAACCACUUAGAAUAAAGAUAAAAAAUGACUUUCAGAGUGGGAGCUUUCAAGCAAGUUCUAAGGAUUUGAGAUAAUCUAUAAUGACAUCACACACUAAUACAAAUACUAUAGCGGAUUAAAAGAGUACAGGAGGAUAGAUUAAUAAGAAAAUGUCACUUCUACUUCCAACUUAGUAUUAAUAAUUCAAUAAAUACUUACCAGAGGAGAAGGAAAUAUAUUAAAGAAGUCUCGUUAGCUUAGAUAUUUUCCAUAACUAAAUGCUCAAUAGCAACUACAAGUUGAGACUUGAUGGCUUCUAACAAGAUAGUAGCACUCAUAAAAAGACUUAGCUCUAUGAAUAAUCCUUUAAAAACCUGAGAAAAAUUCCAAUUGGAAUUUAGGAUAGCUUACCUAAUUCAAAUUAAAAUUCUUAGAAGAAAAAGGAAUCAUCAAUUCGUAAGAGAAGGUAAAUAAAUUUAGCUUAGAUUAUUGGCUAACCAUCUCAAACUCCUACUACUAUGACUACUAAGGAAUAUAACAAUCUUACAAAAGAUGAAAAUAUUUUUAACAGUGGAUUAAAGCAUAACAAUAGAGACAAUAAUGUUCUGAGCAGUGUAAGAACUAGAUCAUAAAUUAGUUGUGGAAAAGAAAUUGUCAUUACAGGACCUAGAUACGAUGACGGAUAAUCUAACUUCAGCUCAAAUAAAGCUUCAUUUGCUUUCUUACCUAGUAUAUUACAUGAGAAUAGAAAGGACUCACUAGAAUCACUCAAUCUUGAUGGCAAAAUAAAUUUAAAGUAGAAACUCAAGAUCAAGAGAAGAUUAGAGCAUAGACAUAAAUCUAAGCAAAAGUCUAAUAACAGAAACUAGGGAAAUAUUUUGCAAGAAGUAAAUUUAUAAUCGAUUACUGAUACGAAUACUCUAAAUUAGUAAAGUCUAACAAAGCUUUGA